UCCGAGUUUGCAGCGAGCGGUCAUAGAAAUUUUUUAUCCACAGUACACCAUGUCGAAGCCAGCUCUCUACUAUGCCACACUGAGUCCUCCCUCACGCGCCGUUCUGCUCACGGCCAAGGCGAUCGGUCUUGAUCUUGAACUGCGGCCAAUUAACCUGCAGAAAGGUGAACAUCUGACGCCGGAAUUCGUCAAAUUGAACCCCCAACAUACCAUUCCGACCUUGAUAGAUGGGGAUGCAACGAUAAUCGACUCGCACGCCAUCUGCGCCUAUCUGGUGGAGAAAUACGGAAAGGAGCAGCAGCAGCUCUAUCCAAAGGACUUGGUGCAGCGCGCCAAUGUCGAUGCACGUCUGCAUCUGGAUUCGGGUCAUCUGUUCGCCCGCCUGCGUUUCCUAUACGAGCCGAUCCUGUACUUCGGUUCGACGGACUGUUCCAUUGACAAGAUUGCCUACGUUCAAAAGUGCUACGAGAUUCUGGAGGGUUUCCUCAAGGAGCAGCCCUACUUGUGCGGCACUGAUCUAACCAUUGCCGACUUCUGUGCCGUGGCCACAGUCGCUUCGGGGAACGAUACCGCUCCAAUUGAUGAGUUCAAGUUCCCCAAAGUCAACGCCUGGCUGAAACGUCUUGCGGAGCUGCCCUACUAUCAGGAACUGAACGGAGAUGGGGCCGAAGAGCUGAAGGCCAUUUUCAAAGCCAAGUUGGCCGAGAAUCGCGGCAAGUAGUUCCCCUAGCGACUACUUAUCCAAUCUUUUAUGUCUACACAUACAUUUAUCUAUGCUUGAAUAAACGGCUUUAGUUUUGCAACCCCAUGGGGCAUAUGGAAUACGACAAAUUA